ACUGAGGGAGGGUGAGGGUUUUUAUUUACCAACGCAUUUGCAGAAAGCAGCCAGAGAGUGAGAGAGAGAAGGAUCGGGAAGACGAAACGAUGCCGUGCCUGAACAUUUCAGCUAACGUGAACCUGGACGGCGUGGACACCUCCGCCAUCCUCUCCGAAGCCACCUCCACCGUUGCCAAGAUCAUCGGCAAGCCCGAGGCUUAUGUGAUGAUUGUGCUGAAGGGAUCUGUACCCAUAUCUUUUGGUGGGACUGAGCAGCCAGCUGCAUACGCUGAGUUGGUCUCCAUUGGUGGCCUUAAUCCUGAUGUGAACAAGAAGCUAAGUGCUGCAAUUGCCGCAAUUCUUGAGACAAAGUUGUCUGUGCCCAAGUCACGAUUUUUUCUCAAGUUCUAUGACACCAAGGCCCAUCAGAGUCAAGAAUAUGCACAGUGUUUGCAUGCUUUACACCAGAACUAGAUCAUGGUUCCAACUUUGGAUGGAAUGGGUCUACCUUUUAGAGUACGUUUUACCAUUUGAACAAUGUCUCAAGUUCGCCAUGAACUUUCAGACAGCUUUAUAUGUAGUGGUGGUUUCGUAUUAUUAUCACAGUACUUUGAAAUCACAGACGACUUUAUUGUCAUUUUACGUAUGUAUGCUUAAGUAGAACCUAAUGGAAUGUUUGAAGGCUUGUUGUAUUCUCCGUUUGGCAUAAGUUAUUUUCAUCUGGUACUGAUCAAUGAUGUUAUGGAACCCCGUAGUUGGCAA